AUGGCUCCCUCUUCGCAGCAAUCUACGAAAUCCACGAGAGCGAAAGGAAGUACGGAUAUAAAAGUGAAGAAACUGAAGGACGCAUCUCAGAAGACGCAGAAGAAACCACCGCCGACGGACACCGAGAGACUGAAGCGACUGUUUACCUCGCUGUGCGCACAGAUCGACGGCGCACACUUCGCUAAUGCGAUCAAGACAUGCGACAAGAUCCUGCGGAUCGCGCCGCGGGACCCUGACGCGCUACAAACUAAGAUGUUCCUGCUGCUGCAAACGGAACAGUACAUGCCCGCGCUCUCGCUCAUAGACAGCCUCACACUUCAAGGAGAUGUCAGUAGCUCGAACUACGAAUUUGAGAAAGCCUACUCGCUAUACCGGGUUCACCGCGAAGCCGAUGCGACGGGUGUCCUGGAGGAGAUCAAGAACAGAGAUGGCAACGAGAACAGAGGGGUUAUGCAUCUGGAGGCACAAUUAGCCUACCGUGAGGGGGGUUAUCAAACAGCAUUCGAUCUGUACAACACAUUGCUUGAUACCGCUGAGCCUCACUCGGAUGAGCACGCAGAUAUCCUCACUAAUCUCUCCGCCUCGCAAGCGCAUCUCGACUUCCUUACCUCUGGCUUUCUAUCCGCGCUCUCCUCGCUUCCGCCCACCCUCGCUGACACGCUCCAGUCCGCGCCGCCACCUGCUGCUGCCCCCGCUUCCAUUUUCUCUACCACAGUGGCACCUGCACACGUGCUGGAGAAGCCUAUACAUCAGAAGAAGCCCCGCGCACGCCGUAUCCCACCCGGCGUCACUCCUGGCGUGACGCCUCAGCCGGACCCAGAACGUUGGCUUAAGAAGAGCGAGCGGAGUAGCACGAUGCACGGUAAGCGCCGUGCGCGAGGAGGUGCGACUCAGGGCGCGAUGGAGUUGCCCACGGGCAUAGCAAAUGCCCAGGGAAGUGGUGGAGGGAAGGCGAAGAAGGGAAGGAAGUAA